UGUGAACGCGGAGCUACUUCCGGCGCAAGGCCGGCGGAAGUCACGGUUCGGGGGUCACCUGACCGUAGAGUCUGCUAGACAUGGCGUCUUCCUUGCUAGCAGGCGAGCGACUGGUACGCGCUUUGGGCCCCGGUGGGGAGCUGGAGCCACAGCAGCUGCCCCGAAAGUUGCGGGCCGAGCUUGAGGCCGCGCUGGGGAAGAAGCCCGCGGGAGAUGAUAGCUCCACUGGCCCCCAACGCUUGGUCUCCUUUCGUCUGAUCCGGGAUCUACAUCAGCAUCUGAGAGAAAGGGAUUCCACAGUAUACCUUCAUGAGCUCCUGGAAGGCAGUGAAAUCUAUCUCCCAGAGGUUGUGAAGCCUCCCCGGAACCCAGAGCUAGUUGCCCGGCUGGAGAAGAUUAAGAUACAGCUGGCCAAUGAGGAAUACAAGCGGAUCACCCGCAAUGUCACCUGUCAGGACUCAAGGCAUGAUGAGAGUCUCAGUGACCUGGGAAAACAAGUGAGAUCAGUGAAGGCUCUGGUAGUCACUAUCUUCAACUUCAUUGUCACGGUGGCAGCUGCCUUUGUCUGCACUUACCUUGGAAGUCAGUAUAUCUUCACAGAAAUGGCCUCGCGGGUGCUGGCUGCAUUGAUCGUCGCCUCAGUGGUGGGUCUGGCUGAGCUAUACGUCAUGGUGCGGGCAAUGGAGGGCGAACUGGGAGAGCUGUAACUGAUGCUUCAUCAUCAGAGUCUAGAGGAGGUUUUGGAGGCUCCGGGCUCCUGACUGCCAGUCACUGACUGUUAGUCCAUCAGGCUGUUCAUGUUCAGCUAUAGUUAGAGGACCAGGCCAGGCCACCUGCUGUUCCUGUGGUGGAGACUCCUCCCUGGUGAAUUUCCAAAAGGAGAUCCAGACAACAUAUGUUUAAAACUGGAAGCACUGAUUUGUCAGUACUUUCUCCUGAACCCUGUGUCCGGCUGCCUUCUCCAGUCCCUUCUGGGCACGGCUUAGACUGGAGUUUUUCCAACAGGAAUAAAUGGAAUCCAGGCCUUCUCAGAAGUAGACUACACUGCCUUGAACUUGUCUAAGUGCACAAAUCAGUCACCAUCCUUUUUCAUACGUUUUUGGUACAGACCUGUAGUUGAGAUGGGAAGCCUUCAAGAAAAGUAGAAAGGAUCUCCUUUCUCCAGUUUAUGUGGGAAAAGGAAAUGAUGAGAGGACAGAAAUCAAGUGAAGGAAAGAUGGGUUUACUGGAUAGCAGAAAUGGAAACAAGGCAGCUAACUUUUUGGAAAAGGAAGGAAGAUAAAACCUUAGACUGAGCAAGAUCAGAUGGCCAGCUGUGGUCCUUCCUCUGUGAAAUGGAGCCAAAGACUCUUGUGUUCUCCUGAAGUCUUUGUAAUGUUUAACUUACGAGAACUUAGAUUAAUGGUGUGAUGAUGGAAUUUCUAUGAUGCACUUAAAAAGGUAUCAGCCUUAGUUAUUCAGUAGAUAUAGAUAGUGUUCAGUGUAUUUUUACUUCAAAUCCUGUGACAAGUAACACAAAAGUUUCCAUACUUCUUGAUAACUAUUCAGGGUCUGCUCCUAAUGGUAGACUGUUCACUGUAUGUGUUCCUGUAGUUUUUUGUGUUUUCUUUUCAAAGCGAUUUUCUGUCCUUUUAACUUUUAUACUAAUUAGCUCAGUGGACAUUUCCUCUGCAUUGUUUACCUGUUUCUGUUAGUUGGAGAAAAGUGUCAGCUAUGAAAAGAAAAAGGAUGUGGUGUUUUACUGUGUUCCUCGUAACCUGAACUAUUUAAAAUCAGAAUAAAA